AUGGAGCUACGGGAACAGCUCUCCAGAUGCUUGUUCUGUGCCAUACUCCUAGCAGCGAUUCCCUUUUCAGAGAAUUUCGAAGUCAUCUCAUCCCCAACUGUCACUGGGAUCGUCGGCCAGGAUGUGGUCUUACCCUGCCAGAUCUCCACUGGGACGCAGCCGGCCAAUAUGGAAGUGCAGUGGAAGAAAAUCAUCCAGGCAGCUAUUGAGACUGUCCAUGAAUACAGAGCCAACCCAGGCCAGGAUGUGCCAGGGCAGAAAUACCAGGGCCGGACCGCGCUGUUGAAGGAUGGAUUCACCUCUGGGAAUGUGUCUUUAAAGCUGAAGAACGUCCAAUCAGCCGAUGAGGGAAUGUACAGCUGCAUUGUGAAGUCUAACGAGUGGAGCGCUGAUGCUGCAACCGAGCUUAAAAUUGCAGCUGUUGCCUCUGUGUCCAUUGAUGUGCUGGGUCCCCAGGGCCAGGGGAUUGACCUAGCCUGCAGGUCAGCAGGGUGGUUCCCCAAACCUGAACUCCGCUGGGUUACAAAGAAUGGGCAGGAUCUGCAGCCUGUGACCAAAACAGAGCAGGAUCGUGAACGUCUGUUCAGUGUUCUGAGCCAUGUCACCGUCCUGGGAGAGGAAACUGGAGAAAUCAGCUGCGUUAUCCAGAACAGCUUGCUGAAAACAGAACAGAAAUCUGUUGUUCUCCUCUCAGGUGAUAUUUUCCCUCAUGGUUCUCCAUGGCUUGCUGCAUUCUGGGUGUUAUUUACUUUAGACCUUCUUGUGAUUGGUGCCUGUGCAUUUUGGGGUUAUAAAGCAAAGCAGAAGGAUUCUGAGAAAAAAAGAUCAAAAAAAGAGACUUUCUUAGAAAAGGAAACUGAGAGGAAGGCAUUGGAAUCAGAGUGUCAGGAUGUGCGGGAACGACUUGACAGAGCAGUCACAGAACUAGAUUUCAGGAGGGCUCGGAGCUACAUGGUUCCCGUCACCCUGGAUCCAAGUUACAAACACUCUGAAUGCACCGUGUCUGAAGAUGGCAGAACAGUCCAACACAAACCCCCUUCCCCAGGGCCGGCUUCCCCCUCCGGUGCCCUGAUAGCUGUGGGGAGGGAGGGAUUUUUGGCCAGGAAGGAUCAUGGUGGGGAGGGUGUGGUUUGCAGGGGGUACUGGGAGGUGGAAGUAGGGAACAGCCCGGACUGGGAGCUGGGGGUGCUGAGUGAGACUGUGAGGGACAAAGUAAGGCAGGGGAGUCUGGAGAGACCCCCUGAGGGGGGGUUCUGGGCUCUGGGGAAAUCCAAGGGGGAGUAUCACCCCCAGAAGGCUGACACUGUGAUACAGAACUGGGAUGAGACGCCGACAGUGGUUGGGGUGUAUCUGGAUCUAGAAGGGGAGAGUCUCUCCUUUUAUAGUGUCCGUGCAAUGGGCCUUAUUCUGGAGAUUCCUGUGGAAAGUUCUGAUAAAGUAUACCCGUUCCUCAGCCUUGGUUACACUGCAGGGGGGUACCAGGGGAAACCCCUCAGCAUCUGCCCUCCCAGCGACUGGGAUUUCCCUCAGAAAUUACCAGUCAGUCCGCCUGUUAAUCAGGGAACUCCCAAAACCCAAGGACAGCCUCCUGCCCCCAACAAUAGGGAAGAGGCAGGAAACAACACAGGGCCAUCUGCAACAGAAGAAACAUCCCCAGCUCCUGGACAGCACCCUGCUUUUGUAAACCAGAAUGUGAAAGGAAACAGUGCUUGGUCAUCUAUGGUCAAAAAUUUGCAAAAGUCCUUCCCCUACCCAAAAAGGAGAAAGGGGGAUAAAACAGAAGAAGAAGGGGGGGAAGAAACACCAAAUCUCGAGAUCUCAAAAGCCCACCUGCAAAAACCCCACCUGCCAAAAGCCCUCUCACAGAGUAAAAGGAAUCAGAAAGAGAAAAACACUCAGAACAUGAAUCCAGAGGAAAUCUCUGAAGCUGACACUCUUGUUCUGCAGAUUUCAGAGUCAGGAAAUAUGACAGGGGAAUCAGAUCCAAAUGCUGACACCUUGAAAAUAACCUUGCUUCAAAGAGAGUCUGGAAAUGGUGACACUUCAGAUGUUUCCUCCCCCUUGAAUUCAAAGGAAAACUGCAGUGAUUAG